AAUCUUAGCUGGGACGAGUCAUUCCUUAUCUAAGUCAUCUCAUCCGCUCAUACGGUACUCACUUAGUCGUGCCUUUGGGUCAGCUGAGAUGCUUCUCAUACUCGACCUUCUGGCCUUUUAAGCCGACCGAAAUCCACUAUGUUUUAUUUAAUUUCAAAAAAAAAAAAGAUGGGUCUUUUCCAUACAUUUUCAACCCAAAACGAUCUUUUACAAGAUGGGCCUUAUCAAGUUUAAUUUUUGGGCUGUAUGUCGUCGUAUCAAGUUAUUCUCUCUUUUUUCUUUCUCUUUGGUUUACUUUUGUUGUGUUUGUGUUGUUUGUUUGGAGUGAGGAAUCGCCAUGGAAGACAUUGUGCAGGAACAUGAAUCAGAGAAGAAGGUGGAGAUCAUCCUCAAAACCAUUGGUCCAGCUCGACCUUCUCGCCUCCUCGUUCCCUCUUCCAUCAAGGUGCGUGAUUUGAGAAGAUUAAUUGCUAGCAAUGAUCAUUUACCCAUUGACAACUUGAGUCUUAUUCUACGUGGAACUGCAUUAUGUGAUGAGAAAAAUGGAGAGGAUAUACGUGUAGAGCUAAAUGAUGGAGAUUGCUUGAUCAUUGCUGUUAAACCAAAGCCGCCGGUGAAGGCUGGAUUUGACAAUGAUGAUGAUGAUGAAGAUUUGAAGUUUCAGCUUCCCCGUACAUCAAGUCGGUGGAAAAAGAGGCUAUACUCUUUUCUACGUGACAACUUGAAGCUUCCAGAUAUCCUUUUGAUGGCAAUUUUCACUCUGAGCCUGAGAGCAUGGAUUUUCAUAAUUAUGUGGUUUAUCCUCGCUCCUGUUGCUCAUAGAUGGGAUCUCGGACCUUUAUAUAUACUUGCAACUGGAUUCUGUCUCAUUCUCUUCAAUCUUGGAAAGCGCCAAGCUGGUGACGUCAGGGGCAAUGUAAAACGCAUUCUCCCAAUCCAACAAGUGUAUUAUCCGUCGGGUGAAUGUGCAUUGAAAUUCACAAUGAUAAUUGCAUACUCUAUCUUCAAUGAAGACUUCAGAGAGCUACCUGGGACGCUGAAUGCAGAUAGACUUGACAGAGAUAUAAGAGCAGGACAGUUUUGAGCCAUCAUCUUGUACUCCUUACAAGCAUCCAAACACAUGAUGUAUAUCCCUCCAAUCACUAGGAGAUGUCACUAUCAUUUCUGCAAUGUAUGUAGCAUAACCCGGUUAUCAAUGAAAUGGCAAGUUCUCUGUUCUAGUUUUUGACCCUCCUGCAAGAGCUAUAUUCGUUCUGUGUAUAUACAAUGUAUUGAUAUGUUGUUAUAGAUGAAUAGGUUUCCACGUGUACAA